GAGCACUCGCACGAGAGCAUCCUUAGUGCUGUUCGCACGACCUUGAACCUCAACAACCCUGAUGGAAUUGUUGACCCCGUUUUCGCGCUCCUUGGUAAUGCCGCCGCCAAACAGGGCCUGGGGAAGAUCACCGACCCUGACUGCUUGCAACAGGCUGUCGCCGACCAGGCUUUCACGAAUGCCAAGGCCGCUGGGGACGUUAAUGCCCAAGUCAACGCACUGAUCUUCCGUGCUUUGGAGCGUAACUCUGGCUCGGUCGGCGCAGCAAGCGCUGCUUGCACGAGCAUUAAGGCCGUCAACCCUGAGAUCGCCGCGAUCCAGCAGCACCAGGACCCUGCCUCUUCUGGCGCGGCCGCCACGAACAAGGCCGUUGUCCUCGAGCUCGCGAAGCAGAUCGCAUCCGUCGGUGGCGACCCGCAGCUUGCACUCAAAUCCGGCACGUUUGCUCCUGGCACCAUUGGCGAUCCGACCGCCAAGGGCAACAGCUGCGACGACGCCAACGACGCGCAGGGGUGCAUCUUCACACAGAACCUGCUCGUUGAUGACGCGACCGCGGCUGAAAUCAGCGCUGCUGUUGCUGGUGUCUCUACAGCCUCUGGUUCUUCAUCGAGCUCGGGUUCCAACAACGCUGGCUCUUCUGACGCGAGCACUGCUGCUGCCACUUCGUGUGCUCCCGCUGCAACUGUGACCGUCACUGCUACUGCAGCUGCAACUCCGGCGUCUGGAGCGAACAAUGCUGCCGCUACCGCGUCUUCUGCUGCUGCCGCCUCGACUGCUGCUGCUGCUGGAGGUAACUUGCAGACCUUCACUGGAAAGCUCGGAGGCUCUCUUCCCCCUGCUGUGACUGCAGGCGGUCGUGGCUUCGUCGUUGCGGGUUCUGAUGACUUCCUCAACAUCGGUGCUGCCCUUCAGCGAUCGUGCGACAUUCAGCACAACGCCUGUGCUAACUCUGCCAACUCUGCUGCGGGUCGUAGCAGCGGUUUGACUGUGAGCCAGUGCGAUCAGCAGGACACCCAGUGCACUGCUGCUGGCAAGCGCUAAACGCGUGGACAGAUAGCGGCAACGUCGUUUAUAGCCGUUUCGCCGCUUCUAGGUUAUCUAGUCAGAUGAACGUUAGUUUCAAUAUAUGUAUCAACAGAUUCGCGGCCUCUCCUUAUUG